AUGGACAGGCGUCCCACUAUACCCUUGAACAUGAUUUUCUGGAAUUAUUUAAGUCGUGUUAUACUAAUAAUGUUUGGUAUAAUAAGUGACUUCUUAGAUAUAUUCAAAAAUACAAAGUUUGAUGGCAAAGAAGUGGACAGAGAGUCAUACACUCCUUUGUACAACAAAUAUCAUGCAUUUUAUCACAGGAAUAUGUAUCGCAGAAUCUGUGAUAUGUGGCAAUUCACCAUCAGUUCACUGCCCGCCUCCACCACCACUGUAUUGGAGAAACAAUUUGAUUCGCAUAAUAUUAAUUGCAAAAUAUUCCUAACAAAAUGUGGCAAUUAUUUCAAUAGGUUUACUGGAAAUCGAUUAGAUGUGAUAAACUUAGGUUCUUAUAACUACUUGGGAUAUGCUACCAAUGAGGGGCCCAUAACUGAUUCAGUUGAACAAAUUAUUAAACAAUUAGGGGUUGGCAUCAGUAGUACAGCCAAUGAAAUUGGCCGACAGCAAAUGUACAGCGAAUUGGAGUGUUUAGUGGCUAAGUAUUUAGGAGUUGAAGACAGUAUUGUCUAUGGCAUGGGAUUUGCAACCAAUUCCGGCUCAAUUCCCGCACUCAUGGGUAAGGGAUGUCUCAUUAUAAGUGAUGAACAAAAUCAUGCCUCACUUAUAUUGGGCUGUCGGCUGUCCGGAGCUGUCAUUAAAGUAUUCAAACACAACGAUAUGGAUGACUUGGAGAGGAUUGUGAGGAACAGUAUAAUUGAAGGACAGCCUAAGACACGGCGAGAGUGGCGUAAAAUCAUAAUUAUUGUCGAAGGCAUCUAUAGUAUGGAGGGAACGAUCGUUUCGUUGCCGCGAAUCUUACAAAUCAAGAAGAAAUACAAAACUUACUUAUAUUUAGACGAAGCGCAUAGUAUCGGUGCUUUGGGAUCCCGGGCCAAAGGAGUUUGCGAUUACUAUGGGUUAGAUCCAAAAGACGUGGAUAUAUUGAUGGGAACGUUCACCAAAUCGUUUGGCGCUUCCGGUGGCUAUAUCGGAGGCAAUAAACGUCUCAUCGAUUACUUGCGCCAAAAGAGUGCCGACUUUUAUUACGCAAAUCCUAUGUCUCCGCCGGUUAUGAGACAAAUAUAUUCAGUAAUCAAUGAAUUGAUGCAAACAAAUGACAGUCAAAGCAAUGCUUCCCAAAGAGUACAACGACUUCACAGAAACACCACUUAUUUGAGACAAAAACUCAAAGAUUUGGGUUUCCAUGUGGACGGACACACAGACUCCCCGGUCAUCAUUCUGCUCGUAUACCUCGAGUCACCCCUCAAAUAUCUUAUGCGCCGACUGUUUGAGUGCGGGAUAGGAGUGGUUGGCGUCUCCUUUCCGGUCACUACUCUAUUGGGAGCAAAGGCUCGCAUCUGUAUGUCUGCCUCCCAUUCCCUGCAAACCCUUCACUAUAUCAUCGAUUGCUUGGAUCGCAUCGGAACUGAUUUACACAUUAAUAUGGUUUCGGAGCAGAUAUGCAGUGAUGCGAGUGUUGGACGGAUAGAGUGGUCUGUCGGGAGGGGAAUG